AUGAUCGGUAUGAUCGCAUGCCUCGUGCGACAAUAUGCAAGGCCAGAAAGGACACAUCAGGUUCAUUGGGUAGAGGAGUGGCUUCAGCUGUCCAGCUGUGUCAUGCUGCUCCUCCAGGCCGUAGCUUUGGUAGCAGAAGAUCGAGUUAUUCGACGCUUCACGCUGGGAUGGAGCGGAAGUAUGUGUCAGGUCUUGGUGAUGAUCAUGCUAUCCAGUGAAUAUCUUUCUCUUUCCACGUCUACGACAUCCAUUUCCCAAUUGUACAGCGCUCUCGUCAUUACGCAAUAUGCAUCUGGAUUGAUUGCGUUUGUUUCCGGGCUGCUCUUACCUCGAAGACCAGAUGUGAUUCGAGAUGGACUCGAAGUCGAUCGACAAUACACCAGUUCGAUUAUCAGCAGGAUAUCAUUUGGAUGGGCGAGGAAAGUGAUCAACUUGACACGGAGGAGCAGGCGUAUCGAGUUUAUAGAUCUUCCACAACUGCGCUCCGCGAUUGAUGCCUCCUCUCUUCUCAGCGCCUUUCGCGCAACCCAGCCAUUGUCUUUGGACUCUUCUCCACUAUGGAAAAGACUCAUCAUGGCACAUCGAGCCACCCUUUUUCUCCAGCUGUUUCUCACCGUUUGCGGGUCAUUGUUGAGCUUCGGCCCGCAGCUGGCUUUGUUGGGCUUGCUCAACACGUUGGAGAGUCAGGGUUCCCACGCUUCUCUCGGGCUUUGGGCACUGUGCCUCGGUACUACAACUAUGAUAGCUUCCAUAUCCGACUCAUUAACCUAUUGGUUAUCCUUCAAUGUCAUUCCUACUCGUGUAUAUGGUCAACUGUGGGCGGUCAUCUUCGAUAAAACCUUACGCAAAAAGCAUACACGGGGCUAUAAGCCAGUCAAUGAUAAUGAUUCUAACGAAACAGAAUCACCCAGUGAAAAUAUCAUUAGCAUCGCCUCCAUUGAUGUUCAACGGGUGGUGGACUGUACCACUCUUCUGUAUGCCCUAUACGAAGCUCCCAUCAAAUUUUCUAUCUCCGGUAUUCUCAUCGCUCGACUGCUCGGUUGGCAAAGCUUACUGCUCGGUUUAAUCAGUCUCGUCGUGGUUAUGCCCGUAAAUUGCUUCUUCGGACAAAGAUACCGGAGGAAUCAGGCCAGCCUACUACAGUCUCGAGAUAUGAGAAUGGAGGUCUUGUCCGAAGCGUUGGAAGGAAUCCGACAGAUUAAAAUGUCUGCAUCAGAGCAUCACUGGGAGGGUCGAAUCAACGGGCUCCGUGACAGUGAGAUGGUUACUCUCGAGGCAUCAUGGUUCUGGCAGAUCCUGAUCUUCUCAUACUUUAAUAUUUGCCCCAUCGUAGUGUCUAGUGUCGCGCUGGCUACUUAUAUGCUUCGAGCCGAGAAUCCAUCUGGUUCGGUCAUCUUCACUUCUCUAUCUACAUUUGCAGCCAUCGAGGCAACCUUGACUAUGUUCCCUCAGACCCUUAUCAACUGUCUCAACACCCGUCUCAGUCUGGAUCGCAUAGUCCAGUACCUUGAAUCUCCCGAGAGACAUGAUAUCUCCCUGCCGUCUGACCGCGUCUCCUUUGAGCAAGCGACUAUUUCAUGGACAAGCCCAUCAUCUUCUUCAAUGGCUAAUCUGUUCGCUCUCAGAAAUACCAGUCUCUCUUUCCCCCCGGGGCAACUCAGUAUCAUAUCUGGAAGCACUGGCUCUGGAAAAAGCCUACUCCUUGCUGCCAUUCUGGGCGAAUGUGAGAUUUUGUCUGGCAUAGUUCGCGCUCCUAAACCGAAGAUUGAUAUCUCCCCUGCAAAUAUGAAACCCGGAGACCCCUGGAUUCUUGACUCGGCUAUUGCUUUUGUUCCCCAAUCUCCAUGGAUUGAGAAUGGUACAGUUCGCAGCAACAUCCUUCUUGGUUUGCCCUAUAAUGAAACGAGAUACUGGCAGGUUCUAGAUUCAUGUGCUCUCACCAAAGACCUGCAAACACUGGUAGAUGGUGAUCAUACUGAAAUUGGCCCCAAAGGAGUCAAUCUAAGUGGUGGUCAGAAAUGGCGGAUCGCAUUGGCACGGGCGUUGUAUUCCCGUGCAGACAUCCUGGUCAUCGAUGAUAUCUUUAGUGCUGUUGAUGCCUACACAGCACGGCAUCUCUGCGACCACGCUCUCACAGGGCCGAUAGUCAGCUCUCGAACACGCAUCCUGGCAACACAUCAUCUGCAUCUAUGUAUAUCGCAUGCUGCCUACAUGGUCCACAUUGAAAACGGCAAGAUGACAGGUGUAGAUGGUAGCUAUGUAAUGAAGGACAAAAUCGAGCAGGAGGCACAUGGUCAGGGUGCCCAGGAUGAUGAGAUGGAAGGAUUCAACCCCGUGUCGCUCGAAGAAACUGCUACACCGCAGCAUACUCGUGCAUUCGUGACACAAGAAGAACGAGAACAAGGGAGCAUUAAAUGGAGCACAUACAAGGCAUACGUAGACAACACUGGGGGUAUUCGCUAUCUCUUUUCUGUUUUACUUGCCUAUAUGGCCUAUGGCUUUUUCACUCUGGAACGGGCAAGUUUUUGGUGGAUUGGCCAACAACCUCAUACAAGUAGGGAUAAUGCCAGCGCACAGCAGCAAGUAAGAACUAAAUCAGUUGACACACAAGUCCUACAGUUCUUGCUUGUCUACGUCGCAUUGUCUUUAAUGGCUUGUGUGGUCAGCUUGUGUAUCAAUUUCAUGGUCUUUUCUUCCGCUCUCCGGGCUUCUAAGGCACUUUUUCGACAGUUCCUUCAUGCUGCCUUGCGCAGUCCUUUGCGAUGGCUAGAUACGAUGCCAUUGGGCCGUAUCAUGAACCGAUUCUCGGCCGAUAUCAAUACCCUUGACUCGCGACUGGGUCUCAUCAUACGCAAUAUUGUUUCGAAUAUAGUUGAUGCCAUCACUAUUCUAGCUGCUGGGAUGGCAGUCAAUUUACAAAUCCUGGGGCUUGCCAUGGUUUUGCUGCCGUUUUGUAUCCAUUUCGCUCAUCAAUAUCUUACCGCCACUCGCGAGCUCAAGCGUUUGCAAAGCGUCGCCCUCAGUCCUAUCAUCGAACAGUUCAACUCCGUAAUGAGCGGUCUUCCUAUCAUUCGGGCGUUCAAUGUUUCCCAUCUAUAUUUGGACCAAAUGCUCGUAAGGAUCGACUGCUAUACUCGGGCGAACUGGCACGUCUGGCUUCUUGUGAGAUGGCUCAGCUUCCGGAUGAGCACCAUCAGCGCCAUAUUCACUUCUCUUUCAGCGGUCAUUAUUGUAUACAGUCCUGGCAUGACGGCAGCUAAGGCUGGGUUUGCCAUGUCAUUUGCUAUGAGAGUGGCCAGGGUCAUUCUUCAGAUUACCCAGGGGUAUGGGAAUACGCAAAUGUCCAUGAACAGCAUUGAGCGAUUAACGGCGUAUGCGAACAUGGAAGGUGAAGUCUAUGAAGGUCUUACGCCUCCACCCUCCUGGCCAACACACGGCCAUCUGAACAUAUCCGACCUUGUCGUCAGCUAUGCGCCGGAUCUGCCGCCUGUUCUGAAGGGGAUAACCUUCGAGGUACGCUCUCGCCAGCGUGUGGGAAUCGUGGGCAGAACCGGAUCAGGAAAAUCAUCUCUCGUGCUGUCCCUGUUCCGUGUUCUGGAGGCCGACCAAGGUAGUAUUUCCUUGGAUGGAAGGGACAUCUCGACGAUUGCUUUACAACAACUCCGCAGUCGCAUCAGUAUCAUUCCGCAGGACCCAGUUUUGUUCUCCGGAACGCUGCGCUACAACUUGGAUCCCUUCGACAAGCAUAGUGAUUCCGACCUAGUCGACACUCUGGUGCGUGUGCAUUGGAUGAGCAGACCAAUUACUGAACUCUCGAAAUCCAAACCACCCCAUGAGCCAGUUGCUUCCAACAGUCUUCCAUCCGAGGCAUCGAGUCGACCAAUGAGUCCAGAAAGCGAGGAUACUCAUACCGUCAUCUCCGACCAACAAUCUAUCUGUUCUCUACUGGAAACAUUUAUUGCCCCGGGGGGAACCAACCUCUCUCAAGGCCAGCGACAGAAGAUCUGCCUCGCUCGCGCCAUUCUCUCACGACCCAAACUGCUUAUCCUGGACGAAGCAACAUCUGCCAUCGACAAAGCAACCGAUGCGUUGAUUCAGGAUUCGAUCCGAACAUAUCUGACCGAGAACUCCACCACAUUCUUGGUCAUCGCCCAUCGCAUCAGUACCAUUGCUGACUUUGAUAAGAUUAUCGUCUUGGAUCAGGGAGAGGUGAUUGAGAGCGGUACCCCGGAGGAACUGGCCUGCAGGGCUGGGGGGUACUUUCGUAAACUGCUUGAAGAGAGUACGGAAAGAACUCUACUCCAUGACUUGAUCCAAGCAUAA